AUGCCCGGUGGUUAUUUUAUCAUCAAUGGUUCGGAAAAAGUAUUGAUUGCUCAAGAAAGAUUAGCAAGCAAUUGCCUUUUUGUUUUCAAGACACCAUCACCUUCAACCCAUACACAUACAGCUGAAAUAAAAAGUACUAAUGAAAAAGGUGAUGUGGCAUUGGAUUAUAUUGGUCGUAGAGCAAGUCCAUCCGGUGCUGGCCAAGAAAGACGAGUGGACUUAAAACGAAAGUCUUAUUAUUUAGGUUACAUGAUACACAGACUUUUACUUUGCGCUGUUGGAAGUCGACAAUUAGAUGAUCGAGAUCAUUUGGGAAAAAAAAGGCUAGAUACGGCUGGUACUCUUUUACGUAAUUUAUUUUCAAGCGUUUAUAAAAAAAUGAUUAGAGAAAUGACCGAGCACCUUAAGAAGGUUAGACAAGCGUGUGGUCUAAUGAAAAACUUUUCCUUGAUGUCAUAUAUUUCUGUUGGAGAGUCUUCAAAAUUAUUAAUUGAUCAUAUUAAUGAAACUGGAACGUUACAAGCUUUCUCGCAGACUGAUGACAUUCUUCAAGACAUAUGUACUAAGACAAAAGUUAUAUUAAAUGGUAAUUGGGUUGGAGUAACACGCUCUCCUGAUGAUAUAGUCAUUUCAUUAAAAGAAGCAAAGAAAGCAUUUUGUGAAGAUAUUAGUAUAGUAAAUGACGUUAAUGAUAGGGAAUUAAGGAUAUAUUGUGAUCCUGGGCGAGUUUGCAGACCACUAUUCGCAGUUCAUGAUUCUUCAUUAGUGAUAACUCAUGACCAUAUUCGAAAGCUCGAUCUCACCAGGACAGAACAAUUGGAAGAUGAUCAUGAAGAUUACCUUGAUUGGGACCGUUUGAUUCAAGAAGGGUGCAUUGAAUAUCUUGAUGCUGAAGAAGAAGAAGUAUCAUUGAUUUGUAUGACACCAGAGGAUUUAGUAGAGGCAAGAAAUAAAUGGGGUUAUGCAUUUUUGGAUAUGCAACCUCCACCAAUGAAAAAACGCAGUUUAUUUGAGAGAAUGAAGACUACACCAGCCUUCACAGAUAGAUGGACUCACUGCGAAAUCCAUCCGAGUAUGAUUUUGGGAAUAUGUGCCAGUCUUAUUCCAUUUCCAGAUCAUAACCAGUCACCUCGUAAUACUUAUCAAUCGGCUAUGGGAAAACAAGCCAUGGGCAUACAUGCUACUAAUUAUCAAUUAAGGAUGGAUAUCACAUCAAACAUUUUAUAUUAUCCACAAAAACCGUUAGUAACAACUAAAGUUAUGGAAUAUCUUAAAUUCCGAGAAAUGCCUGCCGGACAAAAUGCUAUAGUUGCUAUUCUUUGUUAUGGAGGAUACAACCAAGAAGAUUCGAUUAUUAUGAAUCAAAGUGGCAUAGACAGAGGAUUAUUUAGAAGUUUUACAUUUAGAAAUUAUCAAGAUUCUGAAAAGAGAAUGGGUGUUUUAUCUGUUGAAACUAUUGAAAGACCAGAUCCGCAAUAUACAAUAGGUCUAAAACAUGGAAGUUAUCAUAAACUUGGAGAAGAUGGUGUUAUUAUUCCAGGAAUAGCAGUGUCAGGAGGUGACAUUCUGAUUGGAAAAGUGACGCCACUCCCACCCGAUGUUGCUAUGCUAGGUCAAAGAUCUGAUACGCAGAUUAAUCGUGACAUAUCUACUAUGUUAAGAUAUGCAGAAAUCGGUUAUGUUGACCAAGUAUUACUUGGUUCAAAUCAAGAAAACGCGAAAUUCGUCAAAGUUAGGAUUCGAAGUACACGAAUUCCAGAAAUUGGAGACAAGUUUGCCAGUAGACAUGGACAAAAAGGCACUAUUGGUAUGGUCUAUCGCCAAGAAGACAUGCCUUUCACUCGUGAAGGAAUAAUUCCUGAUAUCAUAAUAAAUCCACAUGCCAUACCAAGUCGAAUGACAAUUGGUCAUUUAAUCGAAUGCUUGAUGGGAAAGCUCUCGGUUUUAACCGGUAACGAAGGUGAUGCGACACCAUUUACCGAUGUAACUGUUGAAGAUCUCUCAAAAAAUUUAAGAGAACAAGGUUACCAUUCGCGCGGAUUAGAGGUUAUGUAUAAUGCUGAAGGACGAAAUCGUGAAGGAGGAUUACGUUUUGGAGAAAUGGAACGAGAUU